AACAACUAAGGAAUCAAUUUUCACUUCUCAAACUGGUUCGCUUGGUUUGUUUCACAAGCGUUCCCGGAAGUAUCGUGAUGUUGAGCCUCUGGUGUUAGAAACUCCGUGGUUUGUCCUUUGAGUGAGUAGAAGGAUUUGGAUCUCAUUUCGCGACAUUUUGUUGUUGCAGCAUAGGAGCACGGGCGCGCGGGGUAGGUAACGGAGUGAAAUCCUGGGAGCCUGAACGCAAAUCGGAGUAGAAACGCUUUCUCACCGUCAUUUAAAUAAUUUUGCACCUUGCUACGAACGAACAUUGCAUCCAGCAUCUACUGAAGUUGAUAGAGUUUCCGAGCAUUUUCUGAAACAAGCUAGUACAGUAGUUAGCGAACUUACGUUAGUUGCACGAGUCUAGUUGACACCUUUGACCAACAAAAAGCAGAAGUCACAACUUGCAGUUUGAGGGUUGUUCUGCAGGAAUGUCGCUGAAAGAAAGACCCACGUUUUAUCGGCAGGAGGUGAACAAGACGAUUUGGGAGGUACCAGAACGCUACCAGAUGUUGUCUCCAGUCGGGUCCGGGGCCUACGGAUCAGUUUGCUCGUCGUAUGAUGAGAAGUCUGGUCUGAAGAUCGCAGUGAAGAAGCUCUCCCGGCCAUUCCAGUCCAUUAUCCACGCCAAGAGGACCUACAGAGAGCUACGUCUGCUCAAGCACAUGAAACAUGAGAACGUGAUCGGCCUUCUAGAUGUCUUCACACCUGCUACUAGUCUGGAGGAGUUCAAUGACGUGUACCUGGUGACCCACCUGAUGGGGGCAGACCUCAACAACAUAGUCAAGUGUCAGAAACUCACAGACGAUCAUGUGCAGUUCCUCAUAUACCAGAUCCUCCGGGGAUUAAAGUAUAUCCACUCAGCAGAUAUCAUUCACAGAGACCUGAAACCCAGCAACCUGGCUGUAAAUGAGGACUGUGAGCUGAAGAUCCUGGACUUUGGGCUGGCGCGGCACACUGACGACGAGAUGACGGGUUACGUUGCCACACGCUGGUACCGGGCCCCAGAGAUCAUGCUGAACUGGAUGCACUACAACAUGACAGUGGACAUUUGGUCUGUGGGAUGCAUCAUGGCUGAACUCCUCACUGGCAGAACGCUGUUUCCCGGUACUGACCAUAUAAACCAGCUUCAGCAGAUAAUGCGUCUGACAGGAACGCCCCCAGUCUCUCUAAUAAGCAGGAUGCCCAGCCACGAGGCCAGGAACUACAUCAACUCCUUGCCACAGAUGCCCAAGAGGAAUUUCUCUGACGUGUUCAUCGGUGCCAACCCACAAGCUGUGGACCUGCUGGAGAAGAUGUUGGUUCUGGACACAGAUGAGAGGAUAACGGCUGCCGAGGCUCUGGCCCACCCCUACUUCUCCCAGUACCACGACCCUGAUGACGAGCCUGAGGCUGACCCCUACGACCAGAGCUUUGAGAGCCGUGAGCUGGAAAUCGAGGAAUGGAAACGGUUGACCUAUGAGGCGGUGUGCGAUUUUGAGCCACCUAUCUUUGAUGGAGACGACAUGGAAUCGUGAUUGGAUGAUGUGAUUUCUACAAGCCCCUCCCCCUCAGCUCCUACAACUUUAUAUCACUGAGGUUCCCGCUUAUCAUACGACCUUUUGGGAAAACAAUAUCAUCCGAGUGCCUACAAACGUUUGUCUUUUGUUAUAUUUCUUAAGCUGGCGCUCUCUCUCCCCCCAUUCUGACUUGUAAAUGUGUUGCAAGGGAAACGUAACUAACAUGGCCUGGUCCCAGAUCUGUGUUGUGGCAUGACAACGGCCAUGGGAGUUGGCUAUUCAGCACAAACAGAUCUUGGAACAUCAAAAUGAAAAUGUAGGAAAGGAGAUUUUCAAGGACUGAAUAUCUGUAUUUACUACAAUGUAUUUUCAAGGCAGGAACAACCAACCACUAAUACCAUUAUUUGUCCAUUGCUGGAAAAUGCCAUGCUUCUGUUAUUAUUCUGUCUAUAUGUAUGUUUUAAAUGGCACCCUAUUUACUAUAUAGGAAAUAGGGUGCCAUUUGGGAUGAAACCUAUAUUUCAACUACACUGAUCAAAAAUAUAAACGCAACAUACAACAAUUUGAAAGAUUUUACUGAGUUACAGUUCAUAUAAGGAAAUCAGUCAAUUGAAAUUAAUUCGUUAGGCCCUUAUCUAUGGAUUUCGCAUGACUGGGAAUACAGAUAUGCAUCUGUUAGUCACUUACAGCAUAUAUACAAAAGUAUGUGGACACACCCAUUGCUGACAGGUGUAUAAAAUCAAGCACACAGCCAUGCAAUCUCCAUAGACAAACAUUGUUAGUAGAAUGGCUUUAGUGAAGAGCUCAGUGACUUUCAACGUGGCACUGUCAUAGGACGGUGCCACCUUUCCAACAAGUCAGUUCGUAAAAUUUCUGCCCUGCUAGAGCAUCCCCGGUACAACUGUAGGUGCUGUUAUUGUGAAGUGGAAAUGUCUAGGAGCAACAACGGCUCAGCCGCGAAGUGGUAGGCCACACAAGCUCACAGAAUGGGACUGCUGAGUGCUGUAGCGCGUAAAAAACAUCUGUCCUUGGUUGCAGGUUUUCCAAACUGAGUUUGGAAACAACGUCAGCACAAGAACUGUUCUUCAGGAGCUUCAUGAAAUGGGUUUCCGUGGCUGAGCAGCCGCACACAAGCCGAAGAUCACCAUGAGCAAUGCCGAGCGUCGGCUGGAGUGGUGUAAGCUCGCCACCAUUGGACUCUGGAGCAGUGGAAACGCAUUCUCUGGAGUGAUGAAUCACGCUCUACCUGGCAGUCUGGCGAACAAAUCUGGAUGCCAGGAUAACCCUACCUGCCCCAAUGCAUAGUGCCAACUAUAAAGUUUGGUGGAGGAGGAAUAAUGGUCGAGGGCUGUUUUUCAUGGUUCGGGCCAGGCCCCUUAGUUCCAGUGAAGUGAAAUAUUAACACUACAGCAUACAAUGACAUUCUAGACGAUUCUGUGCUUCCAACUUUGUGGCAACAGUUCGGGGAAGGCCUUUCCUGUUUCCGCAUGACAAUGCCCCCGUGCACAAAGCGAGGUACAAACAGAAAUGGUUUGUCGAUCGGUGUGGAAGAACUUGACUGACCUGCACAGAGCCCUGACCUCAGCCCCACCAACCACCUUUGGGAUUAAUUGGAACGCCAACCAUGAACCAGGCCUAAUUGCCCAACAUCAGUGCCCAACCUUACUAAUGCUCUUGUGGCUGAAUGGAAGCAUGUCCCCGCAGAAAUGCUCCAACAUCUAGUGGAAAGCCUUCUCAGAAGAGUGUAGGCUGUUAUAGCAGCAAAGGGGGGACCAACUCCAUAUUAUUGCCCAUGAUUUUAGAAUGAUAUUGUGUCCACAUUUGCCUGCAGGUGUCCACAUACUUUUGGUCAUGUAGUGUAGGGGCCUGGAUCAGAACCAGUCAGUAUCCGGUGUGACCACCAUUUGCCUGCAGCACAAACACAUCUCCUUCGCAUAGAAUUGAUCACGUUCUUGAUUUUGGCCUGUGAAAUAUUGUCUCACUCAUUAAUAGUUGUGCGAAGUUGCUUGAUAUUGGUGAGAACUGGAACACGCUGUCCAUACACGUUAAUUCAGAACAUACCUAACAUGCUCAAUGGAUGACAUGUUUGAGUAUGCAGGCCAUGGAAGAACGGAGACAUUUUCAGCCUCCAGGGAUUGUGUACAGAUCCUUGUGGCAUGGGGCCGUGCAUUAUGUUGAAACAUGAGGUGAUGGCGGCAGAUGAAUGGCACGACAAUGGGCCUCAGGAUCUCGUCACGGUAUCUCUGCAUUCCAAUUGCCAUCGAUAAAAUGCUAUUGGGUUUGUUGUCCGUAGUUUAUGCCUGCCCAUACCAUAACCCCACCGGGACACUUGUUCACAACGUUGACAUCAGCAAACCGCUCACCCACACUACGCCAUACACAUGGUCUGCGGUUGUGAGGCCGGUUGGACGCACUGCCAAAUUCUCUAAAACGAAGGAGUGGCUUAUGGUAGAGAAAUUAACAUUAAAUUCUCUGGCAACAGCUCUGGUGGACAUUGCCAAUUACACGCUCCCUCAACUUGAGACAUCUGCGGCAUUGUGUUGUGACAAAAAGGCACAUUUUAGAGAGUGGCCUUUUGUCUCCAGCACCUGUGUCAUGAUCAACUUCUCGAUAUGCCACACCUGUCAGGUGGAUGGAUUAUCUUGGCAAAGGAGAAAUGCUCACUAACAGGGACAUAAACAAAUUUGUUCACACAAUUUGAGAGAAAUAUGAUGUUUCGUGCGUAUCGAACAUUUGGGGGAUCUUUUAUUUCAGCUCAUGAAACAUGGACCAACACUUUUUACAUGUUGCAUUCAUAUUUUAGUUCAGUGUAGUUUUUUUAAUAUUCCUCCUUCAGAAGUCUUUGUUAUUAUUUUGAGAAUUCUAUGGCUUAUCACUGUGACAUUCAAAAGAAAUGAGAUGCUGAAUUAAACGUCCGGGAAAAUAUAGCUGUGUACUAUAUGAUUGAAUCAUUUAAUAGUGUAUAUCAAUUGAAAUGUGGAAGACAGACUGUUAGUCUCGCUAUGCCAAUCGCAGCAUUAGUGUCACAGAUUUACAGGCGCUUCAGAAAUCAUUAGAUUAAUCAGCUUUACUGUAUCAGACAGGCUGGGUCUCAAAUGGCACCUAUAUAUACCUAUAUAGUGUAUGACUUUUCGUUUUAUUUAACCAGGUAUGUUGACUGAGAACACAUUCUCAUUUACAGCAACAACCUGGGGAAUAGUUACAAGGGUAUGAAUGAGCCAAUUGGAAGCUGGAAAUGGUUGGUGGCCAUGAUGGUAGGAGUGCCAGAUUGGGAAUUUAGCCAGGACACCGGGGUUAACACUCUUACCAUAAGUGCCAUUGGAUCUUUAGUGUCCACAGAGUCAGGACACCUGUUCAACAUCAGUUCCAAAAGAUGACACCUUACACAGGGUAAUGUCCCCAGUCACACACAAUUUUUAGACCAAAGGAAAGAGUGCCUCCUACUGGCCCUCCAACACCACUUGGUCUUCCAUUCAGGGACCGACCAGGACCAAACCUGCUUAGCUCCAGAGUCAAGCCAGCAGUGGGAUGCAGGGUGUUAUGCUGCAGGGCACAUAGGGUUUUGGUCAAAAGUAGUGCACUAUAUAGUAAAACAGGUGCCAUUUAAGACGCAGCUAGGGAUUUCUUCUAUUCUUCAAUGUUGUUAUGAGCUUUAGGAAAUGUUUUAGCUGUGAGGAAAAAUAGCUUUAGAUCUACCACAUUGCAAAUGAAUCUCCAUCCCCCACGCCCCAUAGUCUUACAACUCUCCAGUCAGUGCGACAUUUGGUUAGAUGCCAGACCAUAAGAUGUUUACUACCAUUUAGUGCUCACAAACCCUAAAAUCAUUAUUCAGCUUUUUUUAAUAACCAAAUGAUUAAAUUCUAUCAGAUUCACUUUUUGUUUAAUUUGUUUUGAUUUUUAAAGUGGCUUCCUCAUGUCCUUUCUGCACUGAGGUGAAGGAGCUACGUAGAUGAAAGCCUGGUAUGGGUCAACCAUAUUGCUUUCUCCUGUUCUCAAAGCAGAACAGUGCAGACAGAUGAGGGAAGUUACUGUAGGUUAUUGAGAUGUAGCCCCAGUCUGCCUAAAUAAAAUGGCCCUAGAAAUCUAGCCUGUUGAACUAGAUUGAUUGCUGCACUCCAUUGAACCCAGAAUUCAGUCUGGUUUAAUCAGGCCAAGGAUUCUGAAUACCACUUUAAAUAUUUACACUUUGAAACCAGAUGGAGUUCCUUUUGAGCCACUGUAGGUCAUUUAAUGUGCCAAAUAAUGUGGCAUUAAUUAAACCAGGAAAAGGUGUUUGUGGGUACAAAAUCUAAUGUAUGUACAUAUCUGUUCUAUAUUUUCAUUUGUAAUUUUCAUUACUUAUUUUUUGUGUUUUGUUAGUGAAUUGAAUUCAAACCAUCUUCAUUAUCAGCAUGUUCAUCAUUUUACAUGUGAGUGAUUUUUGAAUACGUGUGUGUUUGAAGUGUCAUGCUUAAAGCCACAACAGAGAAAUAUUAAAUUAAUGUCAAAAUACAAUUAGGGAAUUUAUACUUUUGAUGUGGUAUUUAUAAACUGGAGACGGAUACUGUUGUUUAUUUCAGCCAAGCCCCAUUGAAUAUGUAUCUAACAGUCUUAACAGCAAAGCAACUAUUAGAAUCAUUAAUGCCUUUGUUAAUAAAGACUGUUAUUUUUCAGAG